CAUUUCCUCUUCUGCCGACGGUUUUCGUGGCUAAAAACGCUGCCGACAUUUCUGCGCCAUCGAAUCUGCAAACUUGAUUGGGUAACAGCAAAUCUCUGGAUUCCAUCAUUGUUCUUUCCUAUUUAAGCUGUCGAUCUCAAAUCCUUCUGCUUUCCCAGCCAAGCAAGGAAAAUCUAAAUCUCGGAUCUGCACGCAAGGUUUCGGACGGAUUUGAUGUCAGGCGGUGCGGCGAAGAGUCCUGCUCCGAUUCCGGAGAGUACGACGAUUAACGGCAACGCGAAUGGGAAAAGCGGCGACGCGAAGGCGUUCAAGGUGUUCGUAGGCUACGAUCCGCGUGAGGAUCUGGCAUACGAGGUGUGUAAGUAUUCCUUGCUCAAGCGAUCUUCGAUUCCUGUCGAGAUUUCCCCAAUCAAGCAAUCCGAGCUGCGCGAGCGCGGCGUUUACUGGCGCGAGCGAGGCAAAUUGGAGAGCACCGAGUUCUCGUUCUCGCGCUUCCUCACGCCAUACUUAGCGAACUACGACGGUUGGGCGAUGUUCGUCGAUUGUGAUUUCUUAUACUUAGGCGAUAUCAAGGAAUUAGUUGAAUCUGUUGAUGAUCGGUUCGCCAUUAUGUGCGUGAAGCACGAUUACGCUCCAAAGGAGACUACAAAAAUGGAUGGAGCUGUGCAGACUGUGUACCCUAGAAAGAACUGGUCAUCAAUGGUGCUGUAUAACUGCAGCCAUCCUAAGAACAAAGUAUUGACCCCUGAUGUUGUAAACAAGGAGACAGGUGCAUUCCUCCAUAGAUUUCAAUGGCUAGAGGAUAAUGAGAUCGGGGAGGUCCCCUUCGUGUGGAAUUUCCUCGUCGGGCACAAUAAGGUUGUCGAGGCCAAUCCGGCUACGUUCCCUAAGGCCAUACAUUACACUCUCGGAGGGCCGUGGUUCGAUCAGUGGAAGGAUUGUGAAUUUGGGGAUCAGUGGUUGAAUGAAUUGGAGGAUUACAGAAAGUCCCUUGAGAAGAAGGGGUAGUAGGCAUUCGGGACGCCGGCAUUUUGCUUGGAUUGGCUUGGUUAGGGAUUGAUCGUGGAAUUCGAAUCCCCGGUGAUCAUCAACAAUGGAGUUUCUUUCGGCGGAGUAGCUACAUUUUCUUAAGUUGAGGUACGUUUGCCUAUGUUUUGUCUGGGGAGUUUAUCUUAUGUUGCAUUGGAUUUGUAUGACUUGAAUUUGUUGUAGCAUUUAUGGUAUGAUAUGAAUAUAUGAUCUGAUCAGAUCAAUGUUAUGUUGGUAAACAUUGUUGUAGCUACUUGAAUUCUUUGGAAUGAUCUUAUUCUUUUACUGCAA